AUGGCCAUUAUCCUGAGGUUUGUGAACAGUGAUGGAAUUUUGACAGAACGUUUUUUUGCAAUUAAAAUUGUUAGUGACAUUACCUUAUUAAAUCUUAAGAAUCAGAUUUCUGAUGUUCUUGUUCGUUUCAACCUUCAAAUGCAAAACAUGAGAGGCCAAUGCUCUGUAAAGAGUUUGAUUGUUAUAUAUGCUGCAACUUGCAAGGUGCUUGAGUAUCUUAGUGAUCAUUCUCCAAAUACAAGAUCUCGAUCCAAAGCCCUUCAAAAGAAAAUUCAAGACAUCUUAACUGCUAUGAAAUUUGUCCAUACUACAAAAACUAUCCUUCAAACAUUGAGGGGAGAUGGUUGGGAAGAAUUUCAUGAAGAGGUGAAAUGUUUUUGCUCAAAAAAUGAUAUACAUGUACCUGACUUUAAUGGUUCAUAUAUGGUUGGUCGUUCUCGCGAUCGUGAGUAUCAUACCAUUGAACAUCAUUACCACUUUGAUAUAUUCAAUACAACCAUUGAUUUUCAGAUAAUGGAGUUAGAUACAAGAUUUAAUGAGACAUCAUUAGAACUCCUUUCUCUCAGUACGGCUUUGGAUCCAAAAAAUUCUUUUGAAUCAUUUAACAUGAAUAAUAUUUGCAAACUUGCAGAGAAGUUUUAUCCUGAAAAUUUUACACAACAAGAUAUUUAUUAUUUGAAAGUUGAGUAG